AUAUAUGCACUAAUAAUUUUGUAAUGGUAAUAUGAGUGUUGAGAGUGAGGAAGGGGUACUUAAAAAGACCAAGCUGAUGAUGAUCAGUAGGUUGAUAUAUAAUUUGGCGCGCGUAUGAGCAAAGAUCAGAAGUUGGCGUGUAUAUAAAGAGGACGUUUGUGUUGUUUCUUGGAGAGAGCAAAUGCAAAGAUUAUAUAGCCUGCUGGCAUCUUAUAUUCUCAAGUAGUACUGAAACAACUGCAUCAGAAACGCACUUCCAACCAGCUUGGAGUUAGAAAUUUAACAUUGAAGUUGCUUGGCACUCAAUAUCAUGGCUGAUCAGGACAGUAUUUUACGUUCAGCUGAGAGAAAGUACUGGAAGAGGAUGCCCAUCUUUGUUUUCUUUAGAGAUGCAAGACUGGUUUUCAAGUUGGAUACUCUAGGUUGGGAGAUACUGGGCAUAGCAUUACCUGCUGCCCUCGCCGUGGCUGCUGAUCCCAUUGCUUCUCUGAUCGACACUGCAUUUAUUGGUCAUAUAGGACCAGUGGAACUUGCAGCUGCAGGAGUCUCUAUUGCCUUGUUUAAUCAAGCUUCGAGGAUUACCAUAUUCCCACUGGUCAGCAUUACAACUUCUUUUGUUGCUGAGGAGGAUACUGUUGCAAGAAUCGUUGUCAAAGAAGCAGAUAGGGGCUCUGGUAAGCACAGUGAAACAAAGGAGUGCACACCCGAAGUUGACAAUAUGCUUGAGGAUAUGGAAAAAGGUGAAGCCGAAAAAAAGGGACAUCGUCAGAACUUGGAAAACAGUUCAGUGGAAAACAGUGAAAUGAAAGAGUUUAUGCCGGAGGCUCUUAAGCUCGACUUGGAAAAAGGUUCAACCAAACAAAAUCAUGUCGACAAUGCGGAAAGCAGUAGUACUUCAGCCCAAGAGAGUCAAAACAAAGAAUUAAUGCAGCCAAGUUCUACGCUAGCGGAUCAUCAUAUGGACAAAGAUGCAGCAACAAAAUCAGAAAAUGAUUUCGACACAACUGUGGACAGCAAAUCUGCUAUUGGCUGCAGCAGCAAAAAGAAGACCAAAACCAAAACGGAGAAGCGACAUAUUGCUUCAGCAUCUACAGCACUACUUUUUGGUGCAGUUCUUGGCGUCUUUCAAGCUGUAGUGCUUGUUUUUGGGGCCAAACCUCUCUUGCAUGUGAUGGGUGUGAAAUCUAGUUCACCUAUGCUGGUCCCAGCCCUGAAAUACUUGAAAUUAAGAUCACUCGGUGCUCCUGCAGUUCUUCUAUCGUUGGCCAUGCAAGGGAUCUUUCGAGGGUUUAAGGAUACAAAAACUCCUCUAUAUGUCAUUGUUGUGGGCUAUACAACAAACAUCAUUUUGGACCCGAUACUUAUCUUUGUCUUGCGUAUGGGCAUCAGCGGUGCAGCAAUUGCACAUGUUCUCUCCCAGUACUUGAUUUUGUCAAUCCUCCUGUGCAUGUUAAUGAGAAAAGUUUAUCUCUUACCCCCAAGUCUUAAGCAAUUGCAGUUAGGUCGAUUUCUCAAAAAUGGUGGUCUGCUAUUAGCAAGAGUUGUAGCUGUGACAUUCUGUGUGACGUUGGCAGCCUCAUUGGCAGCACGGUUGGGUCCAACGCCUAUGGCUGCAUUCCAGACUUGCUUGCAGGUCUGGUUGACAUCAUCCCUUCUCUCAGAUGGCUUGGCUGUUGCUGGACAGGCAAUUCUAGCCUGUGCAUUUGCUGAGAAAGACUACAAGAAAGCAACCGCUACUGCAAACAGAGUACUACAGAUGAGUUUUAUUCUUGGGGUGGGGCUUGCUCUUAUUGUCGGAAUUGGUCUGUACUUUGGAGCAGGGAUCUUCUCCAGAGAUGUUAACGUUCUACACCUUAUAAAAAUAGGACUCCCUUUUGUUGCUGCUACACAACCUAUCAACUCAUUAGCUUUUGUCUUUGAUGGAGUGAACUUUGGAGCGUCUGAUUUUGCCUAUUCUGCGUACUCUUUGGUUCUUGUGGCCGCAGCAAGCAUUACAACCUUGUUCAUUCUUUACAAAAGUAACGGAUUUCUAGGAAUCUGGAUUGCUCUAACCGUCUACAUGUUUCUGCGCACAUUUGUUGGUAUUUGGAGGAUGGGCACUGGUACAGGACCUUGGGGCUUUCUCAGGAGUCGAUCGUUCUGGUCCUAGCUAGCCAGGCAUUCCAACGACCUCAACCAACGUCUUUACGUUGCUCUUUCUCUUUUCUUUUCCUUUUUUUUAUUCUUGUCAUGCUAUGUAAUUGGUACUCAGAACCUAAUAUUUCUUUGCAUUUUUCGCACUACUCCUUAAUUAUUUGUAUCAGUGUUGGACCUAUAUAUUAAUAUAUGUUCUUGUUACAACGUUA